GCUGUUCGCCGACGUCACGAAAGGACAAAUCAGUUUACCGCGAGGUCAUUCGGCCUCUCCGAACAGCCGGUUGCAGCUCAGCGGAGGCGCCAUCUUAAGACACAGACGUAGCUCCGCUAGCAGGAAGGACACCAACAUGUACCCGACCACGUUGACCCAGCUGGCCCGGGGCAACCCGUUCAGCGCUCCCCUGUUCUCCCUCCAGAAAGUGGAAGAACCUCAACAGAGCCUCCACGGACAGAGGACCCGCAGACUGGCAGCAGCCGCUACCGCAGAAGAGGGGGACAGUUGUGAGUUCGGCUCUCAGAAGUAUUUCCUGCUGUGCGGCUUUGGUGGGAUUCUGAGCUGUGGUACCACACACACUGCUGUCGUUCCCCUUGAUCUGGUCAAAUGCAGAUUGCAGGUGGACCCAGAUAAGUACAAGAGCAUCAGCAGGGGCUUCUCAGUGACCAUCAGGGAAGAUGGUGUCAGGGGCCUGGCUAAGGGCUGGGCUCCCACCUUCAUCGGCUACUCCAUGCAGGGACUGUGCAAGUUCGGCUUAUACGAAGUGUUCAAGGUCUUCUACGGCGACUUACUGGGAGAGGAGAACACCUACCUGUGGAGGACAUCACUGUACCUGGCUGCCUCAGCCAGCGCAGAGUUCUUUGCAGACAUUGCUCUGGCUCCCAUGGAGGCUGCCAAAGUUCGUAUCCAGACCAAGCCGGGCUACGCCAACAACCUGAGACAGUGUGUCCCCAAGAUGUUUGCAGAGGAGGGUGUCUGGGCAUUCUAUAAGGGUCUGGUGCCUCUGUGGAUGAGGCAGAUCCCCUACACCAUGAUGAAGUUUUCCUGCUUUGAGCGCACCGUGGAGAUGCUCUACAAGUAUGCUGUUCCCAAGCCCCGCAGCGAGUGCACCAAAUCUCAGCAGCUGGUGGUCACCUUUGUGGCCGGUUAUAUCGCUGGUGUGUUCUGUGCCAUCGUGUCCCACCCGGCUGACUCUGUGGUGUCCGUGCUGAACAAGGAGUCCGGCAGCACUGCUGUCCAGGUCCUCAAGAAGCUAGGACCAAAAGGUGUUUGGAAGGGUCUGGUGGCUCGUAUCAUCAUGAUCGGUACUCUGACCGCCCUGCAGUGGUUCAUCUACGACUCUGUCAAGGUCUACUUCCGCAUGCCCCGCCCCCCUCCCCCUGAGAUGCCGGAGUCCCUGAAGAAGAAGCUGGGCCUCACAGAGUAACCUCAUCCCUCCACUGAGCGGCAGUCCUCAUCUGACCCUGACCCCCCCCCUUCAAAACACCUUCCAGGGCGCACACAGCAGUUUUCUAUAUUUAUGUCCUUAGCUCUGGCUGCUCUGCUCAGAGCCCAGGGCUGCUACUGCUAAUGUAUAUUUCAAAAGAACAAGCAAGGAGACGAGAUGGAACUGUUGCCCUUGACUUACUAUGAGUCAGACCGAAAAUAUUCCUCUGUAGAAACACCUGUCUGGUUUUAUCAUUUCCUCUUUAGAAACAUGUUAAAAUUCUAAUAAAGACUUUAAUUCCCUUAAA